AUGGCGGCCGAGCAGCAGCAGUUCUAUCUGCUCCUGACUAACCUGCUAAGCCCGGACAACGGCGCCAGGAAACAGGCCGAGGAAGCCUAUGACAGCAUCCCUGGGCCAUCCAAGAUUACUUUCCUUCUGCAAGCAAUAAGAAAUGCUGGUGCUGCUGAAGAGACUAGGCAGAUGGCAGCUGUCCUGCUUCGUCGUCUCCUAUCAUCAUCAUUUGAAGAAGUUUAUCCAUCCUUACCUACUGAUGUCCAGAAUGCUAUUAAAAGUGAAUUAUUACUUGUCAUUCAGUUGGAGUCUCAGUCCACUAUGAGGAAGAAGAUCUGUGACAUUGUUGCAGAACUGGCUAGGAAUUUAAUUGAUGAUGAUGGCAAUAAUCAAUGGCCAGAAGCACUGAAGUUUUUAUUUGAUUCUGUGAGCUCUCAAGAUGUUGGACUGCGUGAGUCUGCCCUGCAUAUCUUCUGGAACUUUCCGGGUAUUUUUGGAAAUCAACAGCAACAUUACUUAGAAGUAAUUAAGAGAAUGCUUGUCCAGUGUAUGCAAGACCAGACUCACCCCCAGAUAAGAACACAGUCUGCCAGGGCGGCUGCUGCAUUUGUUCUGGCCAAUGAACACAAUGUUCCCUUACUGAAGCAUUUUGCAGAUUUAUUACCAGGUAUCCUUCAGGCUGUGAAUGAGUCGUGUUAUCAUAAUGAUGAUUCUGUUCUGAAGUCCCUUGUGGAAAUUGCUGAUACAGUUCCCAAAUAUUUGAGACCCCACCUGGAAGCGACUUUGCAGCUGAGCUUGAAGCUUUGUGCUGACACAAACUUAAGCAACAUGCAAAGACAGCUUGCACUUGAGGUUAUUGUCACCCUCUCAGAGACGGCUGCUGCCAUGUUGAGGAAGCAUACAAGUAUUGUUGCUCAAGCAAUACCCCAAAUGUUAGCAAUGAUGGUAGACUUAGAAGAAGAUGAAGAAUGGUCAAAUGCUGAUGAGUUGGAGGAUGAUGAUUUUGACAGCAAUGCUGUGGCUGGUGAAAGUGCCUUGGACAGAAUGGCUUGUGGUUUGGGUGGAAAGAUUGUCCUCCCCAUGAUUAAGGAACAUAUCAUGCAAAUGCUACAAAACGCUAACUGGAAGUACAGGCAUGCUGGUCUUAUGGCAUUAUCAGCCAUUGGAGAGGGUUGUCACCAGCAAAUGGAGAGCAUCCUUAAUGAGAUGGUCAACUUUGUGUUACUUUUUCUUCAAGACCCUCAUCCAAGAGUGCGGUAUGCUGCAUGUAAUGCUAUUGGGCAGAUGGCUACAGACUUUGCACCCGCCUUUCAGAAGAAGUUUCAUGAAAAGGUGAUUGCAAGCCUGCUUCAGACUAUGGAAGACCAAGCCAAUCCACGUGUCCAAGCCCAUGCAGCUGCUGCCCUUAUCAACUUUACUGAAGAUUGUCCAAAGUCAUUACUUGUUCCUUACCUAGAUAAUCUGGUUAAACACUUGCAUUCCAUUAUGGUCGUCAAAUUGCAGGAGCUAAUUCAAAAGGGAACAAAGCUGGUUUUGGAACAAGUUGUGACUUCAAUAGCCUCUGUGGCUGACACUGCAGAAGAAAAGUUUGUCCCCUAUUAUGAUUUGUUUAUGCCGUCCUUGAAACACAUUGUGGAAAAUGCAGUUCAGAAAGAGCUUCGGCUUCUUAGGGGGAAGACUAUUGAGUGCAUCAGUCUUAUUGGGCUGGCUGUAGGUAAAGAAAAGUUUAUGCAAGAUGCAUCGGAUGUAAUGCAGCUUCUGCUAAAAACUCAGACUGACUUCAGCGAAUUGGAAGAUGAUGAUCCUCAGAUUUCAUACAUGAUCUCUGCUUGGGCACGCAUGUGUAAGAUUCUUGGGAAGGAGUUUCAGCAAUACCUCCCUGUGGUCAUGGGUCCUCUUAUGAAAACUGCAUCAAUUAAACCAGAGGUUGCUCUCCUUGACACUCAAGACAUGGAAAGCAUGGGUGAUGAUGAUGGAUGGGAAUUUGUCAACUUGGGAGAUCAGCAGAGUUUUGGAAUUAAAACCGCAGGACUUGAAGAAAAAGCAACUGCAUGUCAGAUGUUGGUUUGUUAUGCUAAAGAACUGAAGGAGGGCUUUGUUGAAUAUACAGAGCAAGUUGUAAAACUGAUGGUCCCACUGCUUAAAUUUUACUUUCAUGAUGGCGUCAGAGUUGCUGCUGCAGAGUCCAUGCCAUUGCUUUUGGAAUGCGCCAGGGUGCGUGGUUCUGACUACCUGACACAAAUGUGGCACUUCAUGUGUGAUGCUCUGAUCAAAGGGAUAGGAACAGAGCCUGAUUCAGAUGUUCUUUCAGAGAUUAUGCACUCUUUUGCUAAGUGCAUUGAAGUUAUGGGUGAUGGAUGUUUAAACAAUGAACACUUUGAAGAGCUUGGAGGAAUCCUCAAAAGCAAAUUAGAAGAACACUUUAAAAAUCAAGAAUUAAGACAAGUAAAAAGACAAGAUGAAGAUUAUGACGAGCAAGUCGAGGAGUCAUUGCAAGAUGAGGAUGACAACGAUGUUUAUAUUUUGACUAAAGUCGCUGACAUUUUGCACUCGAUAUUCAGCAGCUACAAAGAAAAAGUGUUGCCGUGGUUCGAACAGUUGCUGCCAUUAAUUGUCAAUUUGAUAUGUCCUCACAGGCCCUGGCCAGACAGACAGUGGGGUCUCUGUAUCUUUGAUGAUACAAUUGAACAUUGCAGUCCUACUUCCUUCAAAUAUGCUGAGUACUUUUUAAGUCCCCUGCUGCAAUCUAUCUGUGACAACAGUCCAGAAGUCCGGCAGGCCGCUGCUUAUGGUGUUGGUGUUAUGGCUCAGUUUGGUGGAGAUAACUAUCGUCCUUUCUGCACAGAAGCUCUUCCGCUGCUUGUUCGGGUUAUCCAGGCUGCUGACUCAAAAACCAAAGAGAAUAUUAAUGCAACAGAAAAUUGCAUUUCAGCUGUAGGAAAAAUAAUGAAGUUUAGGCCUGAUUGUAUAAAUGUAGAGGAGGUCUUGCCCCACUGGGUAUCAUGGCUACCACUGCAUGAGGACAAAGAAGAAGCAGUUCAUACUUUCAACUUUCUCUGUGACCUUAUUGAAAGUAACAACCCUAUUGUGUUAGGACCCAACAAUUCAAAUUUACCCAAAAUAUUUAGUAUUAUUGCUGAUGGUGGUGUUCAUGAAUCUAUUAAAAAUGAAGAAGUAUGUGGCAAAAGACUUGCUAAUGUAGUUCGACAAGUUCAGGCCUCUGGAGGACUGUUUACAGAAUGUGUUUCACAGCUUACUGCUGCUCAGCAGAAGGCUUUACAAGAUUUGCUCAGCACUGCGUGA